CCUCCCCCACCCCAUCAGAAGCCCGAGAAUGUUCUCAAGAGGGCCCACGAACUCAUCGGAGUUAACCAGGCCCCCGCGGCCCUCACCCUACUUCACGAGCACAUCACAUCGAAGCGGUCUCGCAAUGUCCCCAUCACAUCGUUGGAGCCUGUGAUGCUCCUGUUGGUCGAGCUCUCGGUCGAACAGAAGAAGGGCAAGCUCGCCAAGGAUGCUCUCUAUCAGUACAAGAAUAUUGCUCAGAACACCAAUGUUGGCACGAUCGAGUUGGCUGCCGAAAAGGUCACCGCUGCUCAGCAAAAGGCCGACGAGGUUCAGUCCAGCAUCGAGGCGACCACCACCUCCGACAACGUUGAGGAUCUCGAAGCCAGCGAAACCCCCGAGUCCAUCCUCUUGGCCACCGUCUCCGGCGAGCAGUCCCGCGAUCGUACCGACCGUGCCAUUGUCACCCCCUGGUUAAAGUUCCUGUGGGAGGCGUACCGCACAGUUCUGGACAUUCUCCGCAACAAUGCUCGUCUCGAGUUGCUCUACCAGAGCACUGCCAUGCAGGCGUUCGACUUCUGCCUCAAGUACACCCGCAAGACCGAGUUCCGCCGUCUUUGCGAGCUUCUCCGCAACCAUGUCCAAACUGCUGCCAAGUACUCGGCUCAAAUGCAUGCCAUCAACUUGAGCGACCCGGAUACCCUGCAGCGCCACCUCGAGACUCGUUUCCAGCAGCUUAACGUGGCGGUCGAGCUUGAGCUCUGGCAGGAGGCUUUCCGCAGUGUUGAGGACAUCCACACCCUCCUCAACCUGAGCAAGCGCCCCCCCAAGAACAUCAUGAUGGCCAACUACUACGAGAAGCUCACCCGUAUCUUCCUCGUCGGCGAGAACUACCUGUUCCACGCCGCUGCCUGGUCCCGCUACUACAACUUGCUCCGCCAGUCUGCUGCCAUUGUUGCGGCCGGUGGCAAGAAGUCCGAGAACCCCCCAACCAGCGAGGCUGAUCUCCAGAAGGCUGCCACUUUCGUCGUUCUCUCGGCCCUGUCCAUUCCCGUCAUCAGCACCUCCCGCUCCCGCGGUGCCAUGGUCGACUUCGACGAGGCUCGCAAGAACAAGAACUCGCGUCUCACUCACCUCCUCGGCAUGUCUCAGGCCCCUACCCGUGCGCUCCUCUUCCGUGAUGCUCUGUCCAAGUCUUUGAUCCGCCGCUGCCGCCCCGAGAUCCGCGACCUCUACAACAUUCUCGAGGUCGACUUCCACCCCCUCUCGAUUUGCAAGAAGAUCUCCCCCAUCUUGGCCAAGAUUGGGGCCGAUGAGGAGAUGCAAAAGUACAUCAUUCCUCUUCAGCAGGUCAUCCUCACUCGUCUCUUCCAGCAGCUUUCUCAGGUGUACGAGACUGUCGACCUGGACUUUGUCGAGUCCCUAGCUCAGUUCCCCGAGCCUUUCCAGGUUACCCGCGCCACGAUUGAGAAGUUCAUCAUGAACGGCAACAAGAAGGGCGAUCUCGCCAUCCGCAUGGACCAUGCCACCGGUGUCCUUAGUUUCGAUGCCGAUGUCUUCUCCUCCGCCAAGGCUGCCCACGCUGGCUCCUCUGCCGGCUCUGCUGAAAGCGAGACUGGCUCCGUUCAGCGUCUCCAGAGCACUCCUUCUCAGAUUGUGCGCUCUCAGCUCACCCGCGUCGCCGAGGUUCUUUACACCACAUGCCAGUACAUUGAUCCCAAGUUCAACGAGGCGCGCAUCCAGGCUCGCGAUGCUGCUUUCGCUCGUGCCAAGGCUGGUGCUGAGAAGGAGCACCUCGAGAUCCUCGCCAGAAAGGAGAUUAUUCAGAAGCGCAAGGACAAGGCCUCUGAGGCUCAGGCCGCCCGGGAUAAGGAGAACGCUCGCAAGAAGAUGGUUCAGGAGCAGCUUCUCCAGCAAGCCGAGGCUGCCCGUUUGGCUGAGGAGCAGAAGCUUCGUGAAGCCAAGCGUCUCGCCAACGAACGGGAGCAGAUCAAGCGCAAGGAGGUCGAGAGCAUGCUCAAGGAUAUGAAGCUUGAGGAUCUGGCUGGUGAGGACCUCGAUACCCUGGACAGCAACAAGAUCCGCAUGAUCAAGCUGCAGCAGCUUGAACGUGAGAAGAACACGGUUGCCGAGAAGCUCCGCAUCACCGGCAAGCGUCUUGACCACUUGGAGCGUGCUUUCAGAAAGGAGGAGGCUAAGAAACUCCCCGAGGACUCUGCUAAGCAGCGCGAGCGUGAUCUCAAGGCCUAUGAGUUGACCAAGGCCCAAACUCUCAAAGAGGCCGAGGAGAAGCACAAGGCUGAUGUCGAGAUCAAGCACCGCCUGUCUCGCCUGAUGCCAUUCUACGAGUCAUUCAGAUCUAACCUCCACGAGCGCCGCCGCGACGAGUUUGAGAAGAGACGUCGUGAUGCCGACCGCGAGUUGGAGAAGAUGAUCAAUGCUCGCAAGAAGGAGUACCGCGAUCGCAAGAUCCGCGAGAAGAGGGAGCGUGAGGAGAAGGAGCGUGCCCUCCGCGAGGCCGAGGAGCGUGCCGCCAGGGAGAAGGAGGAGGAGGAGAGGAGAAAGGAGGCCAAGAAGGAGGAGAUGGCCAGAAUCAAGGAGGAACGCGAGAAGGAGCGCGAGAAGGCUCGCGAGGCCCAGGCCCGCCAGCAACAACGCGAGGAGGAAGCCAUGGCCCGUCGCAAGGCCGAGAAGGCUGCCGACACUGCUCCUCCUAUCCGCCGGGAGAUUCCACCAGUGGAGGCCCCCUCGGCCGCCGCCCCCCCCCGUAUUGCCCUUGCCGGCAACAGACCCAGCUGGAGAGAACGCGAAGCCGCCAAGGCUGCCGGUGGUGCCCCACCAGAGCCCGCUGCCGCCGCUCCUCCUCCGGCCAGAGCUCCUCCUGUCGAGCGGACCGACUCCAACGAGCGCCCUCCUGCCGCUGGUGGUCCUCCCCGCCUCGCCCUUGCUGGCAAGACUGGAGGCUCCAGCUGGCGUGAGAGAGAGGCUGCUAGAGCUGCUGGCGGCGGUGCUCCCAUUCCCGAGCGCCCUGCUCCUCAAGGCAGAGUGUCUUCUGGUCGCGGUGGUGCCCCCAUUGAGAGGGAAGGUUCCGGCCGUGGUGAGCCUGCCAAGGAUGGUGCUACUCCUGAGCCCCUGAAAGCUAGCGGCGCUCCGGGCAAGUAUGUUCCCAAGUGGCGGAGAGAUAAUGCUUAA